UAUAGGUCUAGGCAAAUGUAGGCUACUCGUGGGUACCACUGAUAGUGGUUCCAGGUUAAAAUCAUGAGUAUUUUUCAUCACUCAAAGAAACUGCUACUAUCCGCAUUUAAAACUCCCUUCAUGGUGGAGCGCAUCGUCCUUUCUAGAAGCUUCGUUUCGGUCCCUAAAGCUCGUUAUAACAGUUUAUAUACGGCUCGAAGUUUAGCACCAUAUUUAUCCUCAUGUCAGCAUGGGCGUCAUGCCUUCACCAAAAGAUUAUAUUCAGAGAAUCAAACUAAUUCAGUUAAAGGAAUCAGUCUGACACAAGAGGAGUCAGCGAAGGUGGAGAGUGACGACGGAGACCAGGACCAAAGAUCUCAUGAAUCCUUUUCUCUUGAUGUGCUGGUGUCUUUACUUCGUCAGGAAAAUGCAGUGGACAUCUGUGUUAUUAAAGUACCAGAGCACAUCAAAUAUGCAGAGUACUUUAUUGUUGUCAGCGGUGUAUCACAGAGACAUCUCAGAGCGAUGGCACUUUAUGCUAUCAAAGUGUACAAGUUUCUGAAGAAAGACGGAAAUCCAAAUGUCAAGAUUGAGGGAAAGGAUGCAGAAGACUGGAUGUGUAUUGACUUUGGAAGCAUGGUUUGUCACUUCAUGCUACCAGAAAGCAGAGAAGUGUUCGAGCUGGAAAAACUCUGGACUCUCCGCAACUAUGAUGAGCAGCUGAAGAGCAUCCCAGAGGAGAAGCUUCCAGAAGACUUUAUUUAUGAUGCUGAAAUCACAAAGUGAAAACACAGGACAGACCACCCCAGAACUACAUACAGCUUUGUAGCUCUGGUAGCUUUCUUUGCUAUCUGAUUAAGUGGAAAUAUUUAAGAUGAUCAAUAUCUGGGCAGAAAGACUUUUUUUGUUUCUAAAUUAUGUUUAAUAUUUUUGAGUCUGCUGAUUUAUCAAAUUUUGAUUGUUUGGAAUAAAUCGUUUUUAUACA